GCUCAGUGUGGAGCCAGAGGCUGGAAGACCUCACGAGACCUCGGAUCCUACAGGCCCUCCCCAUGGCUUUAGCUAACGUAUGCAUGUGAAGAAGACGGAGGAGAAGGAAGAGAAGGUGAAGACAAUCACAAUCAAAGGAGACAGCCUGCCACCCUUCGGGGAAGAGACCCUGCAAGAUGCAAGCCUUCAGAAUCUGGGAUGUUAACCAGAAGACCUUCUACAUGAGGAAUAACCAACUAGUUGCUGGAUACUUGCAAGAAUCAAAUACUAAAUUACAAGAGAAGAUAGAUGUGGUGCCCAUUGAGCCUGAUGCUCUAUUCCUGGGACUCCAUGGGAGGAAGCUGUGCCUGGCCUGUGUCAAGUCUGGUGAUGAGAUUAGGUUCCAAUUGGAGGCAGUUAACAUCACUGACCUGAGCAAGAACAAGGAGGAGAACAAGCGCUUCACCUUCAUCCGCUCAAACAGUGGCCCCACCACCAGCUUCGAGUCUGCCGCCUGCCCUGGCUGGUUCCUCUGCACGGCGCCGGAGGCAGACCGGCCCGUCAGCCUCACCAACAAGCCCAAAGAGUCCUUCAUGGUCACCAAGUUCUACCUCCAGGAGGACCAGUAGAACUGCCCGUAGCUCCACUUCCCCUGUUCCCAGCACGUCGAUGACUCCAGAGACUGCCUCUCCACCCCAGGGUCUCCUGGGGCUCUGAGGAGCAGCCUUGGCAGGGUGGGCCCUCAGAAGGAGGUACACGAGCCCUCAUAAAAGGACUCUGUCUCCAGCCUCCUCAGCUAUCCCACCCUCCAUGCUGCCUCCACCAUAGUCUUUCUAAAGUGCAGCUCAAACCACGGCCCUACUUAAAGCCCUUCAGUGUCGUCUGUACCUUCAGGAUAAAAUCCAGGCCACCUGGCCAGCCUGGAUGCCCUCUGCUCUCCUCAAUCAAGUCUUCCUUCUCCCUCACCCCACUGUCCGUGCCCGAGAUCCCUCAGGCCACUCACUGGCCCCCCACCAAUGGCUCUCAUACCUUGUUUUGGAAUCUGAUGCUGUUCUGUAGGGAAGACUUUUAGAGUCUGUGGCAAAAUGGAAAAUAAGAAUUUCAUGAAACUUUCUAAAGCCAGCUUUAUCCAAUUUGAAGGAGAGUCCUUUAUUUGGAGAUUAUUUCCUUUUUGCAAAGGGGUGGGGAUCAAAAUAUUCCUGUGUUUGUGAAGUGAUAGUGAAGGGAGGUUCCCUUGUUAGUGUCCAUUCUUGUUUUUGUAAUACCCUAACCGGUAAAAAUGAACAGUUAGUGUACUAUGUUUGUCCCUUAUUCUUUUCUUUCUGAAACGUUCCUGUAAGUCUGGACCCACUGCCCGGGCCUGAGCACCACCUCCAUUGCAGACCUUUCACAGCUGCCCACAGUGCUUUCCCCUCCCAUCAAAGUUUCCCCUGCUCCCACGGCACAGCACAAAUGUGGCUCCUCCAAGGCCUUUCCUGAUCUCCCGGGAGGAAUGAAUCGCUCCUUGACCAUUUUAGCACUUCUGACGCUCUGAAACUUGUUUGAAACGUGGUUAUGCCUCUGUCUGUCUCCUGCCCCAAACUGUGAGCUCCUGGAAGCAGGAAACAUGACUGGCAUGUGUCUCAGCUUCCCCCAGGGCCAAGCACAUGGCCUGUUUUACAAUAAAACCUUGAAAUUCA